CCUCUGCCUCCUUCUACUUCAUAGCCUAACCAGAACCAUGCUGCUCAGAAUCUUUGUUUCUGUCUUCAUAUCUUCACUCCUGGACUCAACAUGCUCAGGACUCACAGAUAGAGACCUGUUGGUGUGCCAGCCGGUGCCCUGGUGUGGGGACCGAAUCUACAACCCCUUGGAGCAGUGCUGUGAUGAUGACACCAUCCUGCCCCUGAACCGUACCCGCCUGUGUGGCCCCAACUGCAUCUACUGGCCCUGCUUUGAGCUCUGCUGUCCAGAGUCCUUUAGUCCCCAGAAGAAGUUUGUUGUGAGGCUGAAAGUUCUGGGUGUGAAGUCCCAGUGCCACUCAGCCCCCAUCUCCAGGGACUGUGGCAGCAGAGAGAUAUUUGCUCAAAGAAGAUAUAGAAGACAACCAUCUUUCACUAAGGCAACUUCCCAGAAGAGACUGAGGUAGCCUUCACCUUUGAGGGACUUAAACUAAUUGCCAGUUAAUUUUUCAAAUACACCUAUAUUGUGAUCUGCUGUUUGCUGAUUUGAUGGAUCUUUGAAUGGCAGAACCACCCUAUGAUUACAUGAGCUAUGGUUUGCCUAAGCAUCCUCCAAAGGCCCAUAUGUUGAUGUGGUUCACAGGUUGGUGC